GAAACCGAAAGUAAAGUCACAGGAAUUCCCUCUUUUGACUACAGUCGCACAAAGGUCGAGUUCUCCGUGGAUUUUGUCCAAAAACAUAACAAGGAGACAGCAGUGUCGGCGUUGAUUGAUCUGCAGAGAUGGCAGAGAGGACGAAAAAGAGGAAGAGACCUGACUCUCCCACAUCUGUGAAGCCUGAGCAGCCAAUCAGCUCAAGCACAGAGCUACAGAGCCAGCAGACAGAGACGUCCACGCCACCCAGUCAGGUUUCUUUGAAGAGUGAUGCAUCCAUGUAUGAGCCAAUUUGGUUUGCUCACAAAGACAAAGAAAGACAGCUGAUCGAGACAUCCGCAGCCCCCAGUGUUCUUUCAGUGAAGAGUGAUGCAUCCAUGUAUGAGCCAAUUUGGUUCAGUCACGCAGAAAAACAAAGUUGUUCAGUAUGUGAGGAGGCUCUAAGGGAUCCGGUCCAUUUUGCCUGUGGACACUCCUCAUGCAAACAGUGUAUCAGCUCAGACUGGGACCAGGGGGAUUCACCAGCAGACUACCCCUGCAAGACCUGUGGGAAGAAACCCAGAAAAGAAACCAAACUCCCAACAGACAUCAAGAAAAACCUUUGGGGUAAACCUUUUAUGGAAGCAACAGAGAAAUUUAAAGAAGCAAUGAGGAAUAAGUUGACUACAGUAUCUGAGGGAAAUGGUGGCCCAAAGACUUCUUUGGACAACAUAUUCACAGACCUCCUGAUCACCACUCAAGAGAGUGAAGGGCCUCAUGAAGAACACGUGUUCAGAAGUGUGAAACAAAAAUUGGAACAAGAAUCCACCAAAACAAAAGUCGACCUCAAAGACAUCUUCAAAUCUGUGCCCAGACAAAACAGAGAGAACAAGACUGUUCUGACGAAGGGUGUGGCAGGAAUUGGAAAAUCGUUUUCUGUGCAGAAAUUCAUUCUUGACUGGGCCGAGGGGAGAGCAAACCAGGACAUUGAUUUCAUUCUCUUUCUUGCUUUCAAAGAGCUCAAUUUAAGCAAAAAAGACAAAAGUCUUCAUGAGCUCCUGAAAGAAAUUCAUCCUUUACUCCAUGAUCUGAACAUUUUAGGAGAUCUCAUGAAAGCCAGAGUCAUUGUGAUCCUGGAUGGCCUGGAUGAAAGUCGGUUUGAGCUGAACUUUAAGAAGAACAAACCAGUAACAUCAGUGAAUGAAGUAGCAUCCGUGGCUAAUCUCAUUACAAACCUCAUCCAAGGUAACCUUCUUCCAGGAGCUAAACUCUGGAUAACGUCCCGUCCAGCAGCAGCUGACCAGAUCCCUGCAGAGUUUAUCGACAUGGUUACAGAGAUCAGAGGGUUCAGCAACCCCCAAAAAGAAAAGUACUUCAGGAAGAGGUUCAGUCAUGACCUGGACCUUGCUGACAGAAUAAUUUCACACAUUCGCUCAUCACAUAGUCUCGACAUCAUGUGUCAGAUCCCGAUCUUCUGCUGGAUUACUGCUGAAUUAUUCCAGGAGAUCUUCGGAGGAGAUGAGAAGGCUGAAAUCCCUCAAACUCUCACAGAGAUGAUGGCACAUUACCUGUUUGUCCAGAUAAAACGUAGAAACAGAAAAUACUAUGAAGAGACAGAAGAAAACAGAGAGCAACUACUGAAGAAACACAAAGACUUCCUCCUGAAACUUGGCAAGCUUGCAUUCAUCCAGCUGCAGAGGAACAACCUCAUCUUCUACGAUGAAGACUUUGUGGAUUGUGGCAUCGACCUGAAAGAGGCAACCAUCUACUCUGGAUUCUUCAACACAGUCCUUAGAGAAGAACAGAUCUUUUCUCAGAAAAGGGUUGUCUUCUUUGUGCACCUGACCAUACAGGAGUUCUUUGCAGCACUUUUUGCCUACGACUGUUUGACAAACCAGAAAACAGAAGAGCUCAGAGACUUCCUUAAUUUGCAAGAUAAAGGACUUAGCUUAGUUGAUCUUCUGAAGAUGACAGUUAAGAAAGUUCUGGAGAAGAAGAAUGGCCACUUGGACUUCUUCAUGCGCUUCCUCCUUGGCCUCGUGGUUGAACACAAUCGAAGAAUUCUUCGGUGUCUGCUCACAUCACCAGACCCAAGCCAAGCUAUCGAGAAGAAAAUCCUGAGCCACCUCAAAGUUACAAAAAAGAAGCACCUCCCUCCAGACAGUAGUAUCAUCCUUUUCCAGGCCAUGGUUGAGAUGAGGGACCACAGAGUCAAAGAUGAAAUCCAGGAAUUUCUUGAACAACCAAAACGUUCCAAAACAGAGCUGACUCCCCUUCACUGCUCAGCACUGGCCUACAUGCUGCAGGUGUCAAAGAAUGAUCUGGAACUUUUGAACUUGAAGAAGUUCAACACAACAGAUGAAGGAAGAAAGAGACUCUUACCAGCAGUGAGGAUCAGCAGGAAGGCUGUACUAGCACACUGCAACGUGACAGAAGAGUGGGUUGAAGACCUGGCCUUUGGUCUCAAGUUCCCCUACUUACCUUUAAGAGACCUGGAUCUGAGCACCAAUGACCUGAAAGACCCUGGAGUAGAGCUGCUUUGUGCUGGACUGUCAAGUCACUGCUGCAGACUGAAAACACUGAGAUUGUCAGGCUGUAUGGUCACAGAAGAAGGCUGUGGUCAUCUGGCCUCGGCUCUUAAGUCCAACCCCUCCCACCUGAAAGAGCUGGACCUGAGCUACAACAAUCUUGGAGACUCAGGAAUGAAGCAACUGACCAAGCUGAAAGAAGACUCAGAAUACAGGCUCAAAACACUCAAUGUUGAGCAUGGUGGAAGUCACAGGAUGAAGCCAGGAUUAAAGAAAUAUGCCGUUGAGCUCACCUUCGACCCCAAGACAGUCCACAAGAGUCUCGCUCUGUCUGAAGGGAACAAAAAGGCAGCCUGGGUGGGAGAAGAGCAGCGGCAUCCCCAUGACAAGGAAACAUACGAUCACUGUCUGGUGAUGUGUGAACAGGCUUUAGAUGGGCGCUGCUACUGGGAGGUUAAAGUGUCAGAGCCCUCUGUGAUUGGGUUAACAGACAAACCCACGGCCAGUGAUGUGACUGAUUUCAAGCUGGGGGAAGAGUCUUGGUGUUUAAGAUGCUUCACUGAUGGAUGUUAUGUGUUACAUGGUGACCAGAGAUUCGGUGUUUCUUCCCUCCCUUUGCGCUCCACUCGGGUGGGAGUGUACCUGGACAGGCCGGCUGGAACUCUUUCAUUUUAUAGAGUUUCCUCUGACAGUCAAACCCACCUCCAUACCUUCAACACAGCGUUCAGUGAGCCCCUCUACCCUGCUGUUGAACUACACCCUGGUUCCUCUGCAUCACUAUGCCAGCUAACAUGA